AUGCCGUCCAAUCCUGCCUGGGUGAAAGCCCUCAAACCCUCUGGUCCGCAAGGAUCUGAGCUGCUCAGUCAAGAGCGAGCCAAGUCGAACUUGAACAUUGAUCAGCUCGCGGACUACCUCUUCACUAAAGAGGAGUUGGCCAAGCGGGCUCGCAUCCUGGAGAUCCUGAAGUCCGAACCCGUCUUCGACAAGUCUCAAAAUUACUUUCGUGGCCGCACUACGCGCAUGGAAGCCGCGCUCGCUCGAGGAAAGAGACUGCGCCAGCUUUCAGUCAAACAUGGCUGGGAUGAAAGAGAAUAUUUCAUCGCCAAUGAGCUUAUCUCGGAGCCCGGUCCCUAUGGCCUACAUGCUGGCAUGUUCCUCAAAACGCUGAAAGAGCAGGGUACACCAGAGCAGCACAAACUAUUCCUCGAGAAAGCAGAGAAGUACGAAUACAUUGGUUGUUACGCUCAGACGGAACUUGGCCAUGGCUCCAAUGUGAGAGGCCUAGAGACCACAGCGACAUGGAACCCAGACGAUAAGACCUUCACCAUCCAUUCGCCUCAUCUCACAGCCUCAAAGUGGUGGAUCGGCUCACUCGGCCGCACCGCUAACCAUGCGGUAGUGAUGGCCCAGCUGCUCAUCAAUGGCAAACCAUACGGCCCUCAUCCCUUUGUCGUGCAGAUCCGAGACUUGAAGACGCAUCAGCCGCUCGAGAACAUCCACAUCGGUGACAUCGGGCCCAAGUUUGGAUACAACACCAUGGACAACGGCUUCCUUCUCUUCAACAAGGUCAAAGUGCCUCAUGCCAAUAUGCUGGCCAGAUUUUCUGGUGUCGACCCAAACACGAGUAAAUAUGUCCGUCCCGCAAAUCCGUCACUUAUUUACGGAACCUUGACCUAUAUCCGGAGCACUAUCGUGUUGCAGGCCGGAUCUACUUUGGCCAGAGGUGUGACUAUUGCCACCAGAUACUGUGCAGUGCGCCGCCAGUUCCAGGACCGUGAUGCUCCGGCAUCAGAGCCUGGCGAGAAUCAAGUCCUCAACUACAAGAUGGUCCAGAUCCGACUCCUCCCACUCCUUGCUGCCACCUUCGCCCUGCACUUCACGGGCCGUGGUAUGAUCGCGUUGUACGAGGAAAACCAGAAGCGUAUGGCAGCACAGCGGCCAUCUGAUAACAGUCGCGCGCCGGGCCCCGAGGAGACAAGUCCUGGCUCCGACCUUCUUGCAGACCUUCACGCCACCAGCUGUGCGCUCAAGGCCUACUCAUCGACUGUCGCAGCGGAGGGACUAGAGGUCUGCAGGCGCGCAAUGGGUGGGCACGGCUACUCGGCUUUCUCGGGCGUCGGGAGCUGGUAUGCCGACUAUCUGCCAACCGUCACAUGGGAGGGAGAUAACUACAUGCUGACUCAGCAAGUUAGCCGAUACCUCUUGAAGUCAGCUCGUGCAGUGCUCAAGGGGAAUGCACAGGAUAACGACACCACUCGCAUUCUGACUCAAUACAAGAAGCGUCAAGAUAUGGGCGCUGCCUUUGACGUGCUGGGGGAUGACGCUGAGAUUGUGUCCGCCUUUGCGUGGCGUGUGUCCCACCUUACCUUCGAAGCUCUUCGCCACCGUGACGAGGAGAAGCAAUCGUGGAACAGCCUCUUGGUCGACUUCUGGCGGUUGUCUACUGCGCACGCCCAGUACAUGGUCGUCAAAAACUUCUACGACGCGCUCUACACCAACCCCAAGACAAAGCAAGAACUGGAUUCUGAUACAGUAGAGCUACUCAAGAAGUUGUACCGGCUCUUUGCGCUGCACACUCUCGAAAGAGAAGCGUCUGAGUUCUUCUCGAGUCAGGCUACGACCAUUCGGCAGAUCACUCUAGCGCGAACCAAGGCAGUGAUGAAUCUCUUGGACGAGAUUCGGCCACAUGCUGUCAGAUUGGUCGACGCAUGGAAGUUCCCCGACUGGCUACUGGAUAGCAGUCUCGGCCGAUACGAUGGCAAGGUUUACGAGGACAUGUUCCACCGCGCGAGCGAGCUGAAUCCCAUGAAUUCGAUCACGUUUGAUCCCAACCCAAACUCGAAGGUGUUGUUCCAGGACGAUCAACGCGAGAACCUCAGGAGCAAGUUGUAA